GUGGAUGAAGUUCCUGAUGGAGCGGUAAAGCCUCCUACGAAUAAAAUGCCUAUUUUCUUUUUUGGCACCCAUGAGACGGCAUUUUUGGGACCAAAGGACAUAUUCCCUUACUCUGAAAAUAAAGAUAAAUACGGCAAACCAAAUAAAAGAAAAGGUUUUAAUGAAGGGUUGUGGGAAAUCGACAACAAUCCCAAAGUGAAGUUCUCUCAUCAGCAGUCCCCUCCAGCUGUUAACACUCCUAUCAAAGAAACUGUUCAAGAAAGCAGUCAGGAGCCUGCUGAGGGGAGUGAAGAAAAAGCAGGAGCCAAAAGAAGAAAGCCGCCUGUCCCAAAAUUAUCCCCUAAAGGGGAUAAUAACUUACCUACAGAAGCUGAAACAGAAGAAAAGGAGAUGGAUACUUCAAAGGAAGAUGACCUACCUUCUGAAAAAAACAGUAAAGAAGAUGUGGUGAAAACAAAUGAUGCUUCUAUUCCUAAAGUUGCUAGAAGAGGAAGAAAAAGAAAGGCUGAAAAACAAGCUGAGGCUGAGGACACAGCAGCAGUGGCAACAGCAGCAGUGGCAGCGGCAGCAGCAGCUCCUGUGCCAGUGUCUCCAAAAGUAAGCCCUAAAAGAGGAAGACCAGCAGCUUCUGAAGUAAAGGUUCCAAAACCAAGAGGGAGACCUAAGUUGGUGAAACCACCUUGUCUUUCCGAGAGUGACUCUGUUAAUGAGGAGGAGAAGGCAAAGAAAAAAGGACCAGAAGAAAAGCCCAAAAAGCAAGGGAAAAAAGAUGAGGAAAGUCAGAAGGAAGAGGAGAAAUCAAAGAAGGAAUUUGACAAAAAGGAAGGAAAGAAAGAGGCUGAACCAAAAAGGAAAAAUGCUGCAAAAGUGGGUUCUGCAUCAGCUUCUGAUUCUGAAGAUGAUGGAGAAGAACCAGAAGGUGACAAGAAGAAAAAAGGGGGAAGAAGCUUUCAGGCAGCUAAUAGAAGAAGCAUUGUAAGAGGCCAACAUGAGAGGGAAGUAACAGAAAGAAAGCGUAAGCAAGAAGAACAGACAGAAUCUGAAUCGCAGAGUAAAGAAGAAGGCAAGAAAACAGAAGUUAAGAAGAUGGAGAAGAAGAGAGAAACAUCAAUGGAUUCUAGGCUUCAAAGGAUACAUGCAGAAAUUAAGAACUCCCUGAAAAUUGAUAAUCUUGAUGUGAACAGGUGUAUUGAGGCUCUUGAUGAGCUUGCAUCCCUUCAAGUCACAAUGCAACAAGCUCAGAAACAUACAGAGAUGAUUCUGACUCUAAAGAAGAUACGGAAGUUCAAAGUUAGCCAAGUUAUCAUGGAGAAAUCUACAAUGCUAUAUAACAAGUUCAAGACCAUGUUUCUGGUUGGGGAAGGAGAUUCUGUUCUUUCCCAAGUACUAAAUAAAUCACUUGCUGAGCAGAAGCAGCACGAGGAAGCCAACAAAACCAAAGAACAGUGGAAGAAAGGAACAAACAAGAAAAUGGAAAAGGACCAAACAGGUUCAAAGGUUCUGAAUGGAGGGUCUGAAGCUCAAGAUACGAACCAGUCGCAACACAAUGGAGAGGACACUGAGGAAAAGAAAGAUAAGCAUGAAGUUGGCAAUAAGAAAAAGACAUGUGGUGAAGAGAGGGAACUCGAAAAGCCAGCAAAAGAUUCUGCCUUUGAAAGCAAAUGACAUCACUGGAGUCUUUUUUUUUAAAUACAGAUUAAAGAGGAUUGUUAAGUUUUGCAUUUGAAAUCUAUAGACUGCUGAAAGUUUUAAAUAAUUUUAUAAGCAUAGUAUUUUAAA